UACAAAUAGCCAAAGGACGGUAAAUUAAUGACCAAAAACUACAUGAACAUGGUAUUUUGAGAUACCUUAACAGAAUUUACACCGCAAUUAAAUGAAAUAGUAACAAAAUGAUGAUAUUGUACUAAUAAAAAAGACAGAAAGAAAGGAAGGAAGGAACUUCAAUUAGCCAACUAUUUUCUGCUGAAACUAUCCAGAACGAUUAUUGUACUCAAAUAAUAGAUGAAGCUGUUAGCUCUGUUAGUAUGUGUUCUCUUGUAUGCAAGAAGUGGUGAUGCUCAAGCUAAAAAAGCAACACCAAAACCUGUUGCUGCUGGAGCUGUUGGCAAAAUGGAUAGAAAUUGCUUUGACAUGCAUCAAACUGGUAUGUGUAUGGGUAUGUUUGUACAACGAUGGUUUUUCAGUGAGACUUCCGGUAGAUGUUUUUUGAAUCAAGGCUGUUUUUAUCAAGGAUUUGCAACCAUACGUGAAUGUAAUAAGGAAUGUAGGUGCAAACAACCUAUGAAUGAGGGAGCUGGAAGUGGAGGUUUCAACUGUGAAUUGGAAGUACAAAAGUAUGCAUUUGCUGGAGAAGCAUGUACUCCAUUCAUGUAUACUGGUUGCGGCGGUAAUGGAAACAGAUUUAAUUCUAUAACACAGUGUAUGAACACGUGCAAAGCAAAAGAGUUUGAACACACGGAAAUGUUGGGAGAGUUUGGAAUGAUGGGACAUGCUUUAAACCAAAUGGGCUGGAAUAUGGGAAACAAUGGCGGCGGAUUCAGAAACGGCAUGAACCGAAAUAGUAUGAUCUCUCGUGGUAUGGGAAAUACAGGUAUGGGUAUGGGAAGUUUUAAUAUGGGUAUGGGAAAUCCUGGAAAUGGUAUGCGAAAUCCUGGUAAUGGUAUGGGACAUUCUAAUAUGGGUAUGGGAAAUCCUGGUAAUGGUAUGGGACAUUCUAAUAUGGGUAUGGGACAUUCUAAUAUGGGUAUGGGAAAUCCUAGUAAUGGUAUGGGACAUUCUAAUAUGGGUAUGGGAAAUCCUAGUAAUGGUAUGGGAAAUCCUAGUAAUGGUAUGGGAAAUCCUAGUAAUAGUAUGGGAAAUCCUAGUAAUGGUAUGGGAAAUCCUAGUAAUGGUAUUGGAAAUCCUAGUAAUGGUAUGGGGAAUUCUAAUAUGGGUAUGGGAAGUCCUAAUACGGGUAUGGGAAAUACUGGUAUGGAUAUGCGAAAUCCAAAUACGGGAAUGUCGGGAUUGGGAAAUGGACAAAUGGGAAUGGGUAAUACCGGCGUAAAUGGAAUAGUUGGUAAUAAUGGACAAAUGGAAAUGGGUAAUAAUGGAGGACAUGGAAGGGGAAUUGGUAAUAACGGAGGAAAUGGAAUGGGAAAUAUGGGUACUACAAUUAGUAAUACGAAUAAUAAAAACGUAGGCAUGGCAAAUACAAAUUCUGCAAUUGGAAGCGGAAAUCCGGGCGUAGGAAGCCAAAAUGCUGGAACGGAUAUUGCUCAUCCUAAUCAAGCUGCAAGUCUUAUAACUGGUUCUACAUCGGGAAGUGCUGCAGAUACUAAGGCUAAUACAGGAAUUGCAUCAUUUUCUUUUAGCACUGCUGGUUCGAAAAAUGUCAGAAACCAUAUUCUUGAUAAAAGUGCAAUGCCAAACCAAGGAAAUGGACAAAUGCCGGGUCUGACUAAUCCUGGCACUGGAUGGACUAACACAGGCAUGCGGAAUAUGCAAAACACAAAUAAUCCUGGAAUGGGAAAUACUGGAAUGAAUAAUAACCCUUCAGGAAGCAUGGGAACAGGCGGAGGAGGAAUGAAUAUGGCCCAAAACAUGCCCCCACCUCAAAAUCAUAAUUUUGGCCAAGGAAAUUCAUUUUUUGGAUCACAAGGAACUAAUUCGCAAAGUUCAUUUGGAAAUAACAAUGCAAUGAAUCCAACUACAACAAUAGUCCCAGGUACUACAAACAUGGCAACAUGGAUGUUCAUGGGUGUUAAGUAAGCCAGUUCCAAUCAAUAGAAAUAAAUUUGUUGUUUAUAAUAAACAGAAAAUUAUUUGCCGAACACCUUUAUUGUACUAAAAAUCGUAUUUAUAUUGCAUACUAGUAUGUUAUUUUUAAGAUAUGUAUCGAUUUUCAAUAAGCAUAAGAGGGACUUAAAGUCGACGGACGGUAGGAGCCGUCUUGUUUUACUGAAAAGUGUUCCCUUUUAAACUGGUCAUUGUAUAUAUCUUCCAACAACUGUCAAGAUGAUGACCGCAAAUAAAGCUCUGUACCAUUAA